GCCACAGAGGAGUGGGGCGGGAAGAGAGAUCAGUCACGUCAGUCCCUCACUGCAUAUACAGCUUCUCUCAGGAUACACAACAACCAUUUGAGUGUGAUUACAAAAGGGUUAAUAUCUUCAGCUUUACAAAAAGGAACAGACAGAAGCAAAAAAUGGAAGAUUACUAUUAUGACGAAGAGAACUUCAACUUAACUGACAGUUAUGAUUACAAUUAUGAACACGGCAUCUGUGACAAAGAGGCAGUGCGGUCGUUUGCCAGCAUCUUUCUCCCAGUCAUCUACACCCUGGUUCUGGUGGUGGGUCUGGCUGGGAAUGCCCUGGUAGUGGUGGUCUACACAUCACGGUUGCGACUACGAACCCUGACAGAUGUGUGCAUCCUUAACCUUGCCUUUUCGGACCUGCUGCUUCUCUUCACCCUGCCCUUCUGGGCAGCCGAUGCUGUCCAUGGCUGGAGGUUGGGUUCAGUAGCUUGCAAGCUCACCUCCUUCCUCUACAGUACCAACUUCAGCUGUGGAAUGCUGCUCCUGGCAUGUGUCAGUGUGGAUCGCUACCGUUCUGUAGUCCAAAAUCCAACAGGCAGGACUGGGACAGGUCCUCGGGUGAGGAGACUCUGGUACCUGGUAUGCCUGUCAUUGUGGACUGUUGCAAGCUUGCUUGGCCUUCCUGAACUGAUCUUCUCCACAGUGAAGCACUCCCAUCAUCACAGAAUGGCCUGUGUAGCCAUCUACCCAGCCAGCAUGGCCCGUCCUGCGAAGGCGGCCCUGCAGUUGGUGGAGGUGACCCUUAGAUUUGUGCUACCUUUCUUGGUCAUGGUGGUGUGCUACUGCUGGGUGGGAUGGGCACUGAGCCGGGCAGCUGGGGUACAGAGAGACCGGAAGUGGCGCGCCUUGCGGGUCCUGUUGGCUGUAGUGGCUGUAUUCCUGCUCACCCAGCUGCCCUACAACGUGGUCAAGCUGUGCCGAGCAAUGGAUGUCAUCUACAUGCUCGUGACCGACUGUGAAGUCAGCAAAGGCCUGGAUCGUGCUCAUCAAGUGACAGAGAGCUUAGCACUGAGCCACGCCUGUAUUAACCCGGUCCUCUAUGCCUUCAUUGGAUCCUCCUUCAGAGGACAUGUGCUCAAGGCUGCUAAGCACAUUGGACAGCGGCUCGGGAGACCCCCGAGACACGUCACCGAGGAGCCGGCAGUGGAGAUCGCACUCAACACGCAUAAUCAAACGCAAUCUCAGUCUGGUUCAGAAGACCAAGACACCAGCACAUUUACUAUUUAAGAUUCCAAAUUUUACAUAUCUAUUUUCCUGUAAGUGCCUAUGUGAAAUUGUAUGUCUAUGUGUGUGUGUGUGUGUGUGUGUGUGUGUGGUGUAUAU